AUGUUCGCUCUAUUGACCGAGAACGGCCCGUGCACCAUCCAAGGCGACCUAAGCACCAAGUUGAACCCGUUCUCUUGGAACACCACGAACGUCAUUUGGCUGGAUCAACCCACAGGUGUGGGUUAUUCCUUUGGCUCUCCGGCUGACAAAGAUUUUAAUGAAACCAAUGUGGGCUUCUCGUUCGGCUCUCCUGCCGACACGGAUUACAACGAAACCAAUGUGGGUGAGAACAUUUACUGGUUCUUACAGGAAUUCUUAAACAAACACCCACAGUACCAGAACCGCGAGUUGUUCCUGACGGGUGAGAGUUAUGGGGGACACUACGUUCCCGCUGCAGCGCAUUACAUUUGGAAAAAGAACCAGGAGAAUCCGGUCAUCAAUUUACAAGAGCAGAUGAAGGAUGAUAGCGUCGAGUGUAUCGAACUCACACGCGAGUGCCUGAUACCACCGAAGAAUGAGACUUUUUGUCUCUUGGGUGUCGAUUGCUGGGAUACGAAGCUGGUACAGCCUCUGAGCAAAGCGAAUCGCAACAACUACGACAUUCACUUCCCUGUCAUCAUGGAGUUCUUAAACUCUCCGAAAGUUCGGAAGUUUCUGAACGUGGAUAAGCGCGCUCCGGCGUGGGUGGAAGAGAAUGAAGUCAUUCGCACGAGGUUCAUUGCCGAUGGAGACUGGGCUUCAUCGUACGAUGCAUACGCAGCGGAGCUGCUGAAUGAUGGUCUCCGCGUGCUCAUCUACGCCGGCGACGCCGAUCUGAUGUGCAAUUGGAUCGGCAAUCGAGCCUGGACUUUAGAGCUCGACUGGCGAGGCAAGGAUGGCUACUUUACUGCUGAAAAGUGA